GCGGCGCGGCGAUGUCGACGCGCCGGAUGAACUAUGUGAGAACACACGGUCCCUGUCUCCGCGGCCGCUCUUGGUUUUAACUCUUCCUCCUCUCGGUCCGUCUCUUGUUUCCUCCUCUUGCUCGUUCCGGGCCCGUCGAGGGGAGGAUGAGUGCUGAGGCAGCAGACCGGGUGGCGGCUGUGGCCACUGGUCGGCCCGGCACGCCUCUUCAGACUUCAUGGUUUGAGUUCCUCCUGGACGUGAACCUGCUGGAGCACCACCUGCAGAAGUCGAACCCAGACCCGAUACCAGUGCAGCUGAUCGUCCAGUUCCUGGAGCAGGCGUCCAAGCCGUCGGUGAACGAGCAGAACCUGGUUCAGCCUCCAGCAGACAACCGCAGGAACCGCACCCUGAAGCUGCUGGCCCUGAAGGUGGCUGCGCACAUGAAGUGGGAUCUGGAAGUUCUCGAGAAAGGUUUGACCAUUCCAGUGUUGAACAUGUUGCUGAACGAGCUCCUGUGCGUGAGCAAAGUGCCUCCAGGGGUGAAGCAUGUGGACCUGGACCUCUCCACUCUGCCUCCCACCACCGCCAUGGCUGUCAUCAUCUACAACCGCUGGGCCAUCAGAACCAUCGUGUCGAGCAGCUUCCCAGAGAAACAGACCAAACCAGGACCUCAUCAGAUGAACAUGUUAAGCAUCGUGCAGCAGGAGAAAGAAAUGACAGAAAACAUCCUGACGGUGCUGAAAGAACAGGCUACCGACUCAAUCAGGGUCCUGGAAGGAGCUCUGCAGCUGAAGAAGGAUUUCUACGUCCACACCAUGAGGACUCUGGACCUGUUGGCUGCUGAUGCUGCUGCCAACGGAGAGACGGAGUCCUCGACCGCGGGGCUUUGCAUCAGCGCUGAUGAGCUGCACUGUCAGGUGCACUAUGAUUUGGGAGGUAUUUUCUUCCAGCAAGGCUGCACAGACCAGCCGGCGUUUGAGAAAGCCAGGGAUCACUUCAGACAGACAAAGGAACUGUUGAAGAAGCUGGACUCGACUGUUCACGUGCACCUGGAUGAGAAGCGUCUGGCCGGUUACUGGAACGCCUGCAGCGCGUUGACUGGAGACUGUGACCCCGCUGACUCCCACACCACAGCCUACGACCACAUCAACAGCCUGAUCCGGGCGCACAACCACCAGGCCGUCAUCGAAUCCUUCAUCAAAGACAACGUGAGUCGCAGUUUACCAAACAACUUCAGACGCUCUGUCCUCAGGGAGCUGAUGUACAACGUCCAACAGGGGGAAACAGGACUGGAGGAGGUUUGCCACAAGCUGUGUGUCUGUAACGCCGUCCGAGACGCUCUGGAAGGAGAAGUGCUCAGCGUCCGUUUCCAGCAGCUUCUCCUCAGACCCACUAAACGAAUAGUGGACUUCAUGUUAGAGGUUUGCACACGUUCGCUGGAAAAGGAACGUCCAUCGGAGACGUCCAGAAGAAACAUGGCCAUCUUCAUGAAGACUCUGUGUGAAAGCCUGGAGGAUCUGUCUCUGGUGUUUGUGGUGUCGUCUCAUAAGCUCUUCAUGGAGCUGCUGCGGGAGGAGGAGAGGAAGGUCCUGGUGGAGCAGAUGAAGAAGAGGUCGGCCACGAUCAACCUCAGUGCCAAACCUCUGCCUUCCUUCUACGACAUCCCAGCUUCAGCCAGUGUGAGCAUCGGGCAGCUGGAGCAGCAGCUCAUCCUCUCGCUGGAGCCGCGCAGGAUCAGACAGAUUCUCAUCGAACUCCACGGAAUGGCUGAACGACCCUUCUGGAGGGUCAACAGUAAGUGGGAGGUUCCUCCAGACUACAUCAAUGUGAUCCUCAGUAUCAAAGACAACCUGACCAAGGACCUCGUGUACAUCCUCAUGGCCAAAGGACUCCACUGCAUUUCAAUAAGGGACUUUGCCCACGCACGGCAGUUCUUCUCCGCCUGCCUGGAGCUGGUGACCGAGUUCUCCCCGAAGCUGAGGCAGGUGAUGCUGAACGAGAUGCUGCUGCUGGAGGUCCGAGCGCACGAGACGAUGGCGGCCGAGGGCAGCAAGGAGCGGCCCUCCUCGGACCUGGUCAGCCGGGUCAGAGGUUACCUGGAGAUGAGGAUUCACGACCUGCCUCUGCGUCAGGUGGUGGGGGAGGAGUGCGUCGCCUUCAUGUUGAACUGGAGGGAGAACGACUACCUGACUCUGCAGGUGCCAUCGUCUCUGGUCAUGAACAACCCAUACAUCAAGCUCGGUCAGCUCCUGGCGUCGACAUGCAAAGAGCUGCCGGGUCCCAAAGAGAGUCGGCGCACUGCCAAGGAGCUGUGGGACGUGGUGGUUCAGAUCUGCAGCAUGUCCGUCCAGCACAAGAGGAACAACGACGGCCGAGUGGGCCUCAUCAAACAGAGGGAGUCGUCCAUGGGCAUCUUACCCAGGAGCAAAUUCACCACUUUCAUCAAGAAACUUCGAGAGCCACUGGUGUUGACGACCCUCAUUUCCCUGUUUGUGAAGCUCCACAGUAUCGUGCGGGAUGAUAUUGUGAAUGAAGUGACGGCCGAACACCUCUCCAUCUGGCCGUCUUCUAUUCUAAACGUCCAGGCCGUGGACGUGGAAGCUGUGGCUGUGACGGUCAAAGAGCUGGUGUCCUACGCUCUCACCCUGAACCCCAACAACCAAUCAUGGCUCAUCACGCAGGCCGACAUCUACUUUGUGACCAACCAAUACUCUGCUGCUCUGAACCUCUACCUCCAGGCCGGAGCCGUGGCCUCGGACUUCUUCACCAAAGCCGUUCCCCCUGAUGUUUACACCGAACAGGUUCUGAAGAGGAUGAUCAAGUGCUGCUCGAUGAUGAACUGCCACACACAGGUUGCCGUCCUCUGCCAGUUCCUGAGAGAAGUCGACUACAUGACGGCGUUCAAAGCUCUUCAAGAACAGAACAGUCACGACGCCAUGGAUUCUUUCUACGACUACAUCUGGGACGUCACCAUCCUGGAAUAUCUCACACACAUUCACCACAAACGGGGCGAGUCCGAGAAGAGACAGAUCGCGAUAAAGGCGAUCGGACAGACGGAGCUGAACACCAGUAACCCAGAGGAGGUGCUGCAGCUGGCGGCUCAGAAGAGGAAGAAGAGAUUCCUGCAGGCGAUGGCCAAACUGUAUUUCUAGCAGACGUGAACAAACCACUGUCAGACAUUCGGGAUCGGGGGGGGGUGUAUUUUUUUUAUUUUGUGGUAGAAAAUAAACUUAUAAAUAAAUACAGCUCAUUUGUAAUCUUUUGAAAAAAUAACAGUUCAUGACGAUUAAAUGCCCUGAGUCAGCUUUUCCUUUGAGACUUUCAAAGACUCGACUGUUUAACAGAAUUUAAUGUUUAAAAACUCAACCUGAAGUUUUGGCGAUGAACAUAUUUAAUAUGCUACAAAAAUUUGACAAUUGCACACUCAGUUUAAAAUGUCACUUAGAAAUGACAACUUACAGCAAAAACUAUUUUCUGAAUCAAAGCAUCAAACAUCGGUGCUAAAAAGACAAACAGCUUCGAUACGAUUCUGUUUAAAGCUUUGUCCGGGAGGAAACACCAGAAUUAAAAAUCCCAUCAGGUCUCUGAUUCCUGUAGACAGUCUUUUUUCCUGCACUGGUUGUGAUGGGAGGCGUCUCCAGAGAACAGGACUCAGUGUUCGUUUCCCCUUUGUUCAAUUCAGUGUCUCCUCCUGCAGCAGCUCACUGUUUCUCUGUGCUGCUCGGAGGAGUGAGGAACUCCCCGAUCACUUCUUUAUUACUGGCGUCAUCCUGUAAUAAAAAGGUUGAAGGAGCAAACAA